AUGAUUAAGGCUCUCAUGAAAGGUCAGGAGGAAGAAGACCAAGAAAAGGAGGACGCCAAAAAGGAGCCACCUGUAGCAUCUACUCUGAAGGAAGAGAAGUUCCAAAAGAAAGUAGUGAAGAAGACUGUUCCAUCAUUCCCGAAGAUAGAACCUCGGCAACGUGAAGAUCGAAGGUUCACACCUUUGAAUACCAGGGUCAACGAAGUGUUUAUGGAGAUCAAAAGAGACCCAGCUUUCAGGUGGCCGAGUAAGUUGCGGGGUGAUCCGAGGAAGCGAGAUCGGACGAAGUUCUGUGAGUACCAUAAUGAUCACGGGCAUUUGACGGAAGACUGUAUAACCUUGCAACAGGAAAUCAAAACUUUCAUUAGAAAUGGAAGGCUAGUAAGAUUCCUAGCCGGAGAAAGGAACCGAGACGCGGUUUACCAACAGCCCCUCUUGUUGGAUGCAAACCGAGAUGCAGGGGGACGAGAGCCGAGACGUGAUCGGGAUGCUGGUCCUAGAGAGGAUCCGAGACCCCCUCGGGAUCAAGGAGUGGUAGGUGAAAUUCACACCAUCGCUGGGGGAAUAGCUAAUAUAAGACAGUCUAACUCAGCCAGAAAAGCCUACGCCAGGAAAACGCAGGCCGAGGAAGUCUUUACAGUACAAAGACCCUCCAAAGUUGCAAAAAAGGAUUCAGUGGUCCUUUCUUUCUCCGAAGAAGAUGCUAGGGGCGUAAUGCAGCCACAUGAUGACCCGCUAGUUGUAACAAUGACGGUGGCUAAUCAUAUGAUCCAUCGAAUUGUGGUGGACAAUGGGAGCUCGGCUGAUGUUUUAUAUUGGCCAGUCUUUAAGCAAAUGGGUAUUGAUCGUGAGAGGAUCAAACCGUUUAGCUCUCCCCUAGUUGGAUUUACAGGAGAGCAAGUCCAGCCGAUUGGCCUUAUUUCACUCUCUGUAACGGCAGAACGGCGCCCAAACAAAAGACCGUCAUGGUAG